UUUUCUCAACCCGUUUCGUGACGCGCAGCCUCCGCCCAAGCGCCAUGGCUCCGGCUAGGAAGGGCGGCAGUCGGGUGGCCAAGACCAACUCGGUUCGGAGCCGGAAGCUGGCUUCCUUUCUUCGGGACUUCGACCGUGAAGUGCAAAUACGAUCCAAGCAAAUUCAGUCGGACAGGCAGAACCUCCUCAAGGAGAUGGAUAAUCUGUACAACAUCGAGAUCUUGCGGCUCCCCAAGGCGCUGCGCGAGAUGAACUGGCUCGACUACUUUGCCCUUGGAGGAAACAAACAGGCGCUGGAAGAGGCAGCAACAGCUGACCUGGAUAUCACAGAAAUAAACAGACUAACAGCAGAAGCUAUUCAGACACCCUUGAAAUCUGCCAAAACACGAAAGAUAAUGAAAGUGGAUGAAAUGAUAGUAGAAGAAGAAGAAGAAGAAAAUAAGAACAAGAAUCUUCAAACUGCAAGAGUCAAAAGGUGUCCUCCAUCCAAGAAGAGAACCCAGUCCAUAAAAGGAAAAGGCAAAAGCAAAAGGUCAAGCCAUUAUAACACUGUCACCCCAGCUGUGGGCCGGCUGGAGUUGUCUAUGGUGAAACCAACUCCAGGCCUGACCCCCAGGUUUGACUCGAGGGUCUUCAAGACCCCAGGCCUGCGUACUCCAGCAGCCAGAGAGCGGAUCUACAACAUCUCCGUGAAUGGCAGCCCUCUUGCCGACAGCAGAGAGAUUUUCCUCACGGUGCCAGUGGGCGGUGGAGAGAGCAUGCGAUUACUGGCUAGUGACUUGCAGAGGAUGGACAUCGCACAGCUGGACCCAGAGGCCUUGGGAAACAUCAGGAAACUCUCCAGCCGCCUCGCCCAGAUCUGCAGCAGCAUACGGACUCACAAAUGAGGCUGCCGCGCCGAGAAGCCAAACCUGACUCGAUGGGCCUUCAACGGGCACUUCUGGGACCCUGAGGAGACCUCUUCCCUUCCGGCUGUUCGUUUGCGCGUGAAGGUCCAGGGCAGGGAGUGGUGUUCCUCUGGGAGAAUUUGGGAAGCGGGGAGACACGCUGCUCCCCCGUCCGUUAGAUAAAGCUUUGCUGUUCACGCCUCCCAACCCCAAUGCCUGCUGCAUCCGUGCAGCCGAAAUUUCCUGUCAUUCUCCCGGCAGAAUUCUCCUCCCUGCUCUCAGAGCUGCCGCCUUCUGCCUCGUGUAACCCGGCAUCCUCUCCGUCCUGCCCUUCCUCCAGUGGCAGUGGCGUGGGAGGACCUCACGUCCCCAGGAAGACCGCCUGCUCCCCCUCCUCAGAGAACCCUCUGCAUCUGCCAUUUCCGCUCCGUGUUACUCGAGGCUGGGAGUUUUAGGCUCAGAGAAGUGAGAGCUCUGGGCCAUGGGACGACGGGUCCAGAGAGCUGGGAGGAAGCAUACAAAUGGGGACAGGACAGCAGAACGGGACGUGUCCCAGCAGUGGCCACAGCUGAGCCCAUCUCAGCCCGGCGGCCCCCAUCCCUGCUUUCUGCUGUGGUGGAUACUAAAUGGGGCUUUGGGGAUCUAACACCCACUGUGCCCAGUAGUUUUUUCCAAGCUGACUUGUGGAACCACGGUUUAUAUUUAUCCCUUUACCGAAGACCAAAAACUGGUUUGGAGGCAGCUUCCAUGUCUGGCACCUCUACCUCUCUAGUUGGUAGGAAUUUGGAUAAGAGCAUUCUAGGGCUUAGCUUAGUCUACGGUUUUACGUGACCAGCUACAGAGGAACUAUCAUCUCUAAGCUCUCCGUGGUCCAGUGGUCCCUGCCAGGUCCACAGACUUUGCAGAGAGCACUUCCUCUUAUGGGGUUCAUUGGGGGGCAGGUGUAAAUUGCCUGGUGGCCUCAUUCCACGUGUUUGGCCUGUGCCCCGGGCAUCGGCUAGUUACUCAGAGUCUAUACCUCGGUCCCUGUGCCCCAGCCCGUACCUCUGCCCCGGCGAAUCAUGAGAUGUGGUCCAAAAACAUGGGAACUGGGAGUUUACUGUGUCUUCCUGUGUGGCUGUGUUCUAUUCCUCUAU